CGACUUUGUGAUUAUUAAAUCACUUUUGACAUUUCAACAUCUUUUUGCUCAUUCAUUUAUUUUGUGACAACAAACAAAAAAAAAGAAAAACAACUUCCAAAUUAACCUCAGUAAAGUUAAAAGGUCCAAGGCCAAGGACGACGUCAACGAAAAAAAAAAAGUAAAUUUAUAAAAAAAGAGAAUAUCAACAUCCAAUCCAUGGGCUUAACAAUUUCCUCUCUGCUAAGUCGCCUAUUUGGCAAACGACAAAUGCGAAUACUAAUGGUUGGCUUGGAUGCGGCUGGCAAAACAACAAUUCUCUACAAACUCAAACUGGGCGAAGUCGUUACAACGAGCAUUCCGACAAUUGGCUUCAAUGUCGAAACUUUGGAAUACAAGAACAUCUGCUUUACUGUUUGGGAUGUGGGCGGACAAGCCAAAAUACGUCCGAUGUGGCGACAUUAUUUCCAAAAUACCAAAGGUAUCAUAUUUGUCGUUGAUUCAAGUGACAGAGAAAGAAUUAACGAAGCUGCAAAGGAAUUAAAUGGCAUUCUGGUGGAGGAAGAAUUGCGUGAUGCAUUGCUUUUGGUUUAUGCCAACAAACAGGAUUUGCCGAAUGCAAUGACAGCAGCUGAAUUGAGGGAUAAGCUGCAUUUGCAUCAGCUGACCGCAAGGAGGUGGUAUAUACAAGCUUCUUAUGCAACACAAGGACAUGGAUUGUAUGAAGGACUUGAUUGGUUGUCAGAGGAAUUGAAUCGGAGAACAGCAGUGCCAAGUCGAGAUUCGUUUUAAAAGAAUUUUCGUGUGUGU